GCAGCACUGGACUCGAGAGUCCGAUGGUCCGAGGACUCGCGAUUAGUCGUUCGAUUGCGCCGCGAUGCGUCAGCUCGUGUCGCGUCGGCUCGUAUCUCGCGCCUAGCCGCCGUUGGGGGAGUAUUUUUGCUGAGCUGGGCCUCGUGUUUACAUCCGGAGGACUCGCCGCGAAGUCGGCCCCCGCCCCUCCUGCCGCGCCCUCGCCCGUACCGCUGAUCGCGACACAUCGCUACGGCCGUCUCGGUGCCGCGAAUCCUUUCCCGGCACUUUCCCGGCACUUUCCCGUGGACGGCGAGGAAGAACGAGAGAGAGAGAGAGAGGUCCAGCGAGGUGGACGCGCGUGUCCUCGUGUGCGGUUUAACUUUCUCAAAUUCGGCGGCAGAGCGGCGGCGCGCGAUGAAGGUGACGGUGACGACGCUCAGCGACGACAGUGUCUUCGUCCUCGACGUGAGCGAGGAACUGGAGCUGGAGAACUUCAAGGCGUUCUGCGAGAUCGAGAGCGGCGUGCCGGCCCACGAGAUCGUCAUCGCGUUCAACGGCCUGCCGCUCAUGGACGACAAGAAGUCGUUGCGCGACCACGGGAUACGCGACGGGGACGCGGUCAUCCUCCAGCACAUGCACCAGAGCGGCAGCGAUCUCAACCAGCAGCCCUUCAACAGAGUUCUAUCAGAAUCCCUGGGACCAGCAAUAACCAACGCCCAUCGCCGAUCGCCAACAACAGAGUACAAAAUCCCCGCAGCGAGGACGAUCCCGCUAUGAUAAAAAACAUGUUCCUGGCUAAUCCGGAUCAGCUGGCGCUGCUGAAGCAAAACAAUCCCAGAUUAGCCGACGCGCUGCUGUCUGGGAAUCUUGACAGAUUUUCGACUGUACUCAGAGAGCAGAUAGCCGCUCGAGAAGAACGGCAAGCACAACGGCUGAGAAUGAUGAAUGCCGAUCCCUUCGACACCGAGGCGCAGCGGCUGAUUGCCGAAGAGAUCAAGCAGAAGAACAUCGAGGCGAACAUGGAGGCCGCGAUGGAGUAUAACCCGGAAACAUUCGGCACCGUUGUCAUGCUAUAUAUCAAUUGCAAAGUCAACGGGUUUCCGGUUAAAGCAUUCAUUGACUCAGGAGCACAAACCACCAUUAUGUCCGCUGCCUGUGCCGAGAGAUGCCACAUUAUGCGUCUGGUGGACACUAGGUGGGCCGGUGUCGCCAAGGGUGUUGGAGUACAACGCAUAAUUGGUCGUAUACACAUGGUACAAAUACAGAUCGGCAACGAUCAUCUGACAACAUCCUUCAGUGUCCUUGAGGAGCAGCCUAUGGACAUGCUGUUGGGCUUGGACAUGCUCAAGAGACAUCAGUGUUGCAUAGAUUUGAAAAAGAAUGUCUUGAAAAUCGGGACCACGGGUACGGAAACAUCAUUUUUGGCCGAAGGAGAUUUGCCAGAGUGUGCAAAAUUGAGCGGAAACAGUGAUGAAGCUUUAGACGACAGAGAUCUCCAGCGUGCUCUCGAGGAUAGUACGAGAGAUGCUAAGAAACAGAGGCAGCAGCACGAGGGGCAAGGCAGCAGUAAUCAAGGGUCGACAAGACCUGUCGCCUUGGAGACUACGAUCUAUCCGCAUGAUCCGUUUACGGAAGCCACGGUUAAAGAACUACAGGCCCUGGGUUUUACCAGGGCGCAAGUCAUUGCGGAAUUGCGUAGAUUUAACGGGGAUAAGACCCAGGCUACCGCCGCGCUGUUUGCGAAAUCAUUGAAGUUUUGAAAGUUGUGACAUGCAAUCCGAAUAUACGAGUAAUAGAGAGAAGAGACAGGCAUAGAGUGAAAUUGUGAAUAUAAGAUAGGCAAUAACAAAAGAGAGAGGGACAAACAAUUUUUUAAAUAAUUUUUAAGUAUCUUCUACGCGCCAGUAGCUAUUUGAUACACUUCUAAUUACAGUCGAUUCUCCGUUCUGUGAAAUCGUUGGAAUCAAAUAAUUAAUACGCAACUUCCUUGUAAUCUUCAUUCUAGUAUUAUUAGAGUGAAAAUAUUAUACACGAUCGGUUUUUGUAUGUGCUUUCUAAUAUGUAUAUACAAUCACAAUAACAGCAUUAGAGAAGAACAUCGUUGUUAGCUAUGAGGUUUCAACCAAUUCACAAAACGGGGAAGGCAACAUUGCCCUUCAGUAAACGGAGAUUCAACACAUUUAUCAAUAGAGUUGAUAUUAAAACAUUUUUAUAGCUCAGAAACAAGUUGAAGAAUAUUCGAAAACGUUGAAGAAUAACGCGCAUCACAGAGUAACUCUUAUGAAAUUGUAUAAAUGACUCAGAAAUACUAAGAUAAGAUGAAAAGUUAUAUUUGAAGUAUACUUCCUUGUAUAUUUUCUUACACGUAUGCCUAAUUGCAUUAUUUCCAAAUAGUAUAUAUACAUAUAUGUAUAUACUAUUAUGCUGAGUAACAAAUUGGUUAAAGGAGGGAUUAAAUUGUUACGUGACCUAGUACUUAACAUAAUUAAUUGCAUUAUACUUGCAAAAGUAAGACUUGUGUAUACAUAAUUGCGCUGAAGGGAGUCAAUAUAAAUAAGCGACAAGAUUUUUCUAUAAAUCCUUCGAAAGAUGCAUAUAUCUUUCGCGGUAUACUUUGUAAUUUUUCAUUUAAGUGGUGAAUAUGGACAAAUGUAUAUAUCUAGCAUUAAUAGAUACUCGAAAUAAAUCGAGCACGAAAUGGGAUAGACAGAAUAUUUGCGCUAGAACAUCGACUUUAUGGCUUGAUAAUAUUUCAGAGAAUUUGACGUUGGACUCAGCUCAAACUCAGUUCCUCAUUAUUUACCGAAGAAACGUUGACAUUGUACAUAAAAUAAUAAUUGCAGGUGGAUAGAAAGAUUUUCCAUUUUUUUUUUAUAUAAAAUAUUUGUUACGAUAGCAGUUAUGAAGAAGUGUCUUCUACGGAGGUGUGGAUCCAACGUAUAGAUAAUCUCGAUUUUAUACUACUGCUAUUUUUCUUUUGACAAAGUAGGUUUUGGUACAUUAUUGUAAUUUUUUGUCAUGAAAUAAAAACAUGAAA